AUGGAAUCGCUGCUUCCCAAACUGCAUGAGCACUUGAAGUCUUGGGAUGCCUACAACGGCACGCCGGUCUUUGUGUACUUCUACGGCGGCGAGGCGCACCCGCCCUACUACGCCAGCCGCGUGGAGCCGCACGAGCGCGGCUGGGCACCGGACCCACUGAUGGACGUGUUCCUGGCGCUGCACCGGCGGACGGAUCAGGUGGCACGCGAACUGGCUGAGAUUUGGCCACCAAGACCCCGCGUUGAUGGCAAGUGGAAGAAGGAGCACGGCUUAGCUUUCUACCUCGGCGAUCACGGGGAGCAGCUCACUGGCCACGACCCCCCGCCACAUGGGAACUUGGUCUCGCCCGACGUCUCACGCACCUUGCUGGCGCUGGAGGCACGUGCAUGGAAGACCAAGAGCCAUUCCGGUGGUUUGGUGCGGAUGGCUGAUGUGUAUGCCACCGUGGCGCAGGUGGUUGGCAUGGAGAUGAAUGGGCCUCUCUUUUUGGGGCGGAACCUGCUGAGUGCAGCCAACUCAUCACAGCAUGCUGCGAUCUCUUCGUUUUCUUUCUACCGCCCAGGAGACCUGGCUGCCGUGCACUUUGUGGCCGAUGGUGCGCUUUGUAGCGCAGAGUUCCAACGCCGCAACACAGGGUGGUCGCUGCUGCAGGUGGACGCGCUGCAAGAGCCCUUCGGCUCGGGGAAGAGCUUCUCAAGGACGAUGGAGGGGCUGGACAGUUGCCAACGCGAUGCGAUGUCACAGCUGCGUUGGGCCUUAGCACGGCGGCAGCAGACCAACGCCCUCCUGACGGACUUGUUGCAAAAGGUGGGGCUGUGUAGCAAAGUUCAGGAGGAGUUGGCUGCGCGGGGCUUCGCGACUGCCGCGGAGUUGCACUGGACUCUGCAGAGCGGGGCUGAGGAGACGAUUGAUGCUGUGCUGCAGGCGGCUGGGGUAGAUAAGGGCUGUGCGCCUUCUUUGCUCCAGUGCUUGGAAGCGGGCCGCUUGCGGCGUCUCUUGGCUAUGUGCACAAAAGUAUGCAAUGACGCUGGUGAUCAGGCGCCAGUGGUUUCGGAUGCAGCAGGGACGAGCUUGUUGGGUCUCUCAGUGGGCCCGCAGCUGGAUGCGGCUCAGUUGGCAGAGUUGUGGAAGAAGUUUGCGGCGGACUACCCAUCAGAGUGCUUGGAAGCGGAUGGGCAGCCCUGCAAGCAAUUGCUGCAGCAGAUCGCGCUCCAAAAGCGGAAUGGGGAGUUGAAGUUUAUCCCUUGGAAGCAAAUCUUGAGCGUUGUGCAAUACGAUCGUUCCCGCCAGUCCUGCUCCCACUCUAAGGAGAAGUCUCUCCUGGGCCUUUUGGCGGAUGUGACAGGACAUGUUGACGCCUUGGAAGCUGACGUGUCUUCCUCCCCCUUCGCUGUGCAGAAGGUUUUGUCGCUGCGCAGUGUGGCGUGGGCGUUGCUGGAUUGGUGCCAUUUGUCGUCGGGCAAAAUGCUUGUCAACAAGUUCAUGCUGCUGUAUCAUCGCGUUGGGUUGGCUGAUGUGGGGAUGCGCCCCCCAAACCUUGCAGAGGCCGAGUUUGCGGAUGCGGAACUCUGCCGUCAACUGCAGGAUUUGAUGAGCAAGGGCAAUGAUUUGGACAGGGCUAUUUAUGAGGCAGUUGUGGUGCGAGACAGUUUGCGAUUGUGGCUGCAGCCGCGCCUCAAAGCUCCAGCAGAGAAGGGAAGGGUCUUUGUUGGAGCUUCCAAGAAGGCAAAUGCACUAUGCGCGACGAAUGCAAGUUUAAGCAUCACUGUGAUCAUUGCGGCUCUGCUGAACAUGGGCGGCAUGCGUGCGCGAAGCUUUUACGGGGGUGGUCUGUCGAGCACUCUGGAUUGGCAAGUGCCUCCGCCUGGAGCUUUGCGGGACCCAUUGUCUGCGGUGCGCAAAGCAAUUUGGUCUUCCAUGCCGAAAGAUGCUUGCUGCCGGGCGGCCGCGCUGUGUGGCAAGACCUUGGAGCAUCCGUUCUUCACUGACUCAGAGGUGCAUUUGAUGCAAGUGGCCGUUUGUUCAGCCUUGGGUAUCGAUUCGGCUUGGGCAUUGGAGUCCUUUGAACUCACUCCGUACAAGUUCAAUCUGCUGGAAAGUUUGGCUCUGCGUAUGGAUGAUCCAGAUGUUGCUCUGUGCAAAGUGCUUCGGCGCGGGGCGCCUACGGGAGUACGGGAGCCAAUCCCUGCAUCUGGUGUUUGGCCACCUUGUUCUGGCAAAUGGGGUGACGAGGUGGCUGAGGCUUGCGAUUUGUUCUGGUGCACCUCCAAUCACAUUUCUGCGGAACAGGAGCCGGCUAAAGUUCGCGCUUUAGUCCAGAAAGAAGUGGACCUGGGUUAUUUGGUACACAUUGCAGGGGGGAUGUCGGCAGUACAACAGCGAUUCCCGGAUGGUUCCUUGGCAAUUGGCAAGCUGGGGCUCGUGACGUGCGCUGGAAAAGAAGACCGGCUCAUUGGCGACUCCCGCGCCAGUGGGGCGAGCCCGGCAGCCAGAUUCCUUGAGCGGGCGGAGGUGCCUUCGCUUUUCUUGUUCACUGCUGCGCUGAACAGGUUCGCCGCUUGGCGAGGUGUGGCGGUGGACCCCAAAGAGUGGGUGUUGUUCAGCGUGGACAUCAAGGGGGCUCACAAAUCUAUUCGUACGGCCGCUGAAGAUGUGGGCUUUUCGGUAUUCUCACUUGAAGGAGAAUUCUACGCAUACGUGGUCAACCACUUCGGGGCCGCGUGGUCGGCGUAUUGGUGGUCAAGGCUUUCUGCUUUGCUGUUACGAACCAUACACUUCCUGGUGCGCCACCGCCACCUGGGGGCGGUUUAUGUGGAUGAUUUUCUAUUCCUCCUGCCGCGGGGGGCGUUCGCGAUGCUGGUGGUGCUGGUGCUGGCUAUUUUGCAAAUCUUGGCUGUGCCAUUGUCCUGGCGUAAACUGGCAUUGGGUUCCGAGUUGACCUAUUUGGGGUGGCAGUUGUCCUUGCAUUCUGGUUUCUGGGCGUCCUUGCCGGAAAGCAAGCAAGCGAAGGUGCUUAGGGAGCUGGCUUGGUGGAGGUUGCAUCCGCGACGGGUGCCUCGGAAGAAGCUCUCUCAGCUCUUGGGGUUUCUGCUUUGGGCGACUCAAGUGCGGCUCGCAUUGCGAGCUUUCCUUGCGCCUCUCUUUAUCAAGCUGAACAAGCCAGGGUCACGCUUGCAGUGUCUGAGUUUGGGGCAAUUAGAAGAGCUGGCCAUGAUCCUGGGGGACGGGCUGGUAGUCCAGUCUGCUGCUGCAAGAAGCGAUAUUCAAAAGGGGUGGCGUUUGCGCGCUGUGGGUGGCAAGACAGUUGAUUGUGUCAUCAAUGCGCGUCGUCUGCUGCAACAGCCCCGAACGAUCACGGGCAAGAUUUGGGUCCGGUUUUCGGCAUGGACUCCCUGUGUGGAUCUGGAUCCGGUUUCGUUGUCCUCGUUGCACACUUUACAGCGGGUGUUUUGCACCAACAGUUUCUCUUGGGCCGGUGAGAGGGUGGCUGAGGACGCUGCGGCGGAUGCCUGGGCCGGGUCUGCUCUCUCCGGCAUAGGAGGUUGGUUUCGUGCCUUGGAGUCAAACAAACUGUUUUGGUUCCACCUGGAAAUUGAGCAGGGCCAAUUACCCGAUCUUUGGCAGUGGCCGGAAAAGAUGCAAGCAGCUAUAUGUGCUCUGGAGCUUUUAGCGCAGCUGGCUCUGGUUCUGGCUCGCGCAAAGGUUGAUGGGAACGCACAGUUGCAUUGUGUGCGCUUGCGGCAAUAUGGCGACAACAUGCCAGUGGUCGCGGCUUGCAGUAAGGGCUUGUCCACUGCGCCGCCGCUGUGCUUUGCGCUGAUGGCCUUGGCUUUUGCGGCUUUGGAGCUACAAGUGGCCUUGGAGCUGUCCCAUGUGGCAGGCGAGCGGAAUGAAGAGGCUGACUUGCUAAGUCGUUUGAACCACCCAGAAGCGAAGCCAUGGCCCUUGGUCAUGAGGGCCAAGUUCCCUGAAGCAAAUCGGGUGCGUAUCACCUUGGCGGACGUGCUGGCCCCGUGGUACAAGUUCAUGCAGCGACCAAGUUCGCUAAUUGAAUUCGACCGUCCUUAG